UCAAAAAUUCAGAAAACAUUAAAAUGGUUAGACUAGUGGGCUGUUGCUAUUUCUUUGGCCUGCGCACUGGAUGCAUAAUUAGUGCUCUAUGGCUACUCUCUUAUUACGGAGCCUUGGCUUACUUCAUGUAUUACCAAAUGAAGCAUACGCAAAGAGCCACGGUGAUUCAAGAAUCCCGUGAGUACGACAAGGAAACACUUGGCUUUUGGGUACUGGGCAUUGCAUUUAUCGUGAUGGGUUGUACAACUCUGCUUCUGGUCUACGGAACCCUUAGGAAGAAAUAUGUUUUCCUUUUUCUGUUUCUGGUGGCACAGUGGGUUCCCAUUUCGGUGGAAUUAUAUUAUUUGCUGACAGCUAUUAUUUAUGGUAUUGAAUUCGAAUGUUUUGUAAUUUAUCUCGUACCCUUGGUACUUUUGUUCUACAUGGAUCUGGUGGUAUAUUCCUAUUUUUAUGAAUUGAGAAGUCUUAAGAGAUUGAGAGCUGUAUCAGAAAUAAAUAUAGAAUACUAAAAUUACUUUGCCAAUGAAGUUCUGAAGCGAUUUGAUAAUUUUUGAGAUCACAUACCACUUUUUCCGGUAGAGCACACACAUAAGACAGCGAUAAGGUUGGAUGACUUGGGACCAGGAAAACAUGUCAAGAAAUAAAAACA